AUGAUUCCACCAUCUGCAGCAACCUCUGUCAGGGAUGCUGCACUUUUGCCAAGCAUGGCUUCUCGGGAAAUCUGGAGGUCACGAGUUCCAGGCUUUUCUGGAUCGGUCACCCAGCACAUAAGUCAUCGGGCCAACAACUUCAAGAGACAUCCGAAAAGGAGGAAACACAUCCGCCCUUCACCACCGCCACCGCCAAAUACUCCAUGUCCUAUUGAUUUGAUUGACUUUGGGGAUCUCCAGCCUCAGAGGUCUUUCCUAGAGCUCCUGUUUAAUGGGUGCGUUCUCUUUGGGCUCGAGUUCAGCUAUGCCAUGGAAACAGCCUAUGUUACCCCUGUGCUUCUUCAGAUGGGGCUUCCCGACCAACUGUACGGAAUGGUGUGGUUCAUCAGCCCUAUAUUAGGGUUCUUGCUACAGCCUUUGCUGGGGGCCUGGAGCGACAGAUGCACAUCAAGAUUUGGGAGGAGAAGACCUUUCAUUCUGGUCUUAGCAGUAGGAGCAUUGCUUGGGCUCUCGCUUAUGCUGAAUGGCAAAGAUAUAGGGAACGUCUUGUCUGACACUGCGAAUAACCACAAAUGGGGGAUCAUUCUUACGGUCUGUGGUGUUGUCCUCAUGGACUUCAGCGCGGAUUCAGCAGAUAAUCCCAGUCAUGCCUACAUGAUGGACGUAUGCAGCCCGGUGGAUCAAGACAGGGGCCUCAACAUCCACGCUUUGUUAGCAGGUCUUGGAGGUGGCUUUGGUUAUGUUGUUGGAGGAAUACACUGGGAUAAAACCAGUUUUGGAAAAGCUGUGGGAGGGCAACUUCGCGUCAUCUAUGUCUUCACCUCAGUUAUACUGACUGUUGCUACUGUGCUGACUCUAAUUAGCAUUCCUGAAAAGCCCUUAAGGUCCUUUAGCAGGAAGAAAAAGGUGAUGAAGAGUCCGAGUCUUCCUCUGCCUCCUUCUCCACCUCUCUUCUUUGAGGAGGGUGCAAAUGAAAACUUUAUUUCUCAUAACUCAGCUCACUUAUAUACAAGUUUUACGAGUCCCGUUUCCCCUCUCAGCCCUCUCACACCCAAAUAUGGCAGUUUUGUCAGCAGAGACAAUUCCUUGACGGGAAUUAAUGAGUUUGCAUCGUCGUUUGGGACUUCAGAUAUUGAUAGUGUGCUUAUAGACUGUUUUACAGGCGGGCACAAUAGUUACUUAGCCCUUCCAGCAAGCUUGCCCAGGCAGCCCGUCAGUGUCAGCUUUCCUCGGGUGCCUGAUGGCUGUUACCAAGGAGGAAAUGGAGAGCUGGAGCAAGGGGAGAGCAGCGUAACACCGGAGCCUGACGGUGAGGCGCUAAGGGUGGGCUCACUGGAUGCGGGAAAGCCACGGUCGUCAGGGAUCCUGAAAAGACCUCAGACCUUGGCCAUUCCAGAUAUUGUAACAGGACACUGUCCAGAAAAUAGCAGAAGAAGAAACGUAACCUUCAGCCAACAGGUUGCUAAUAUCUUGCUGAAUGGUGUUAAGUAUGAGAGCGAGCUGAAUGGAUCAGGCGAGACCUCUGAGCAACCGCUCUCCGUGAAACUUCUUUGUUCGACUGUCUGCCACAUGCCCAAGGCUCUUCGUAACCUCUGCAUCAACCACUUCCUAGGAUGGCUUUCAUUUGAGGGGAUGUUACUCUUCUAUACCGACUUCAUGGGAGAAGUAGUGUUUCAAGGGAAUCCGAAAGCACCUCACAACUCAGAUGAGUAUCAGAAGUACAACGCUGGGGUCACCAUGGGCUGCUGGGGAAUGUGCAUCUAUGCGUUCAGUGCUGCUUUCUAUUCAGGUACUUAGUACAGCCAUCUUAGCCACUGCCCUGAGAAAGACACACCCGCUUUUGUGGCAUAUUUGGCCUUUGGGCUGGGCACGGGGCUGGCCACGCUCUCCAGAAACGUCUAUGUGGUGCUGUCACUGUGCGCUACCUACGGCAUCCUCUUCGCCACGCUCUGCACGCUGCCCUACUCCCUGCUCUGCGACUACUACCAGAGCCAUGAGUUUGUAGGCUCGCAGGCGGAGGGCACACGGCGUGGGAUGGGCGUUGACAUCUCCCUGCUGAGCUGCCAGUACUUCCUGGCACAGAUCCUUGUGGCCCUGGCCAUGGGGCCGCUGACGGCGGCUGUGGGCAGCUCCUCCCUCUGUGUCACCUAUGAGUUGCCACCUGCCGAGGAGCUGCAGCCCACCGAGGAGCAGCGCCCGCUCUUGCCCCGCGCAUGGAACGAAUAA